CAUGGAGCGGCGCACGGGGCUGGUGAUUCUGCUGUUCGGACUCGCCGUGGCCGCGCCCGGCCAAAGAGCCGCUGAGCCCACCGAGGAGGGCUCCGCUGCGUCGGGUGAUGUGGACUUACUGGAUUUGAUCUCCACACACGUGCCAGCUCAUGCCAACUUCUCGCUGUCCUCUGAGCGGGCUUGCCGUGUCCUGCACAUCGGGCACUACUCCACCCUCAGCCUCCCCGCUAACACGGCCUUCUUGAUGGGAUUCUCAGAUGAGUUCAGCCUGCUGAUUCACAUGCGGUGUGUGCCACAGGACGAUGCCAGCCUGCUUGCUAUCCUGAACCCACUUGGCACAGUGCUUCUGCAGAUCCGGCUCAGCCCCAGUGCUCUGACCUUCAUCACCACUAGGAGGCGGCAUUACGAGUUUCCAGUCUCCAUACUGAUGGAUGGCUCCUGGCACCGUGUGGCACUGGCUGUGACCUUGGGAAGGCUUGAGUUCUAUGUGGACUGCCAGCUGGUAGAGACCGUAGACUGGAAGAACUACAUUGGCAUGGAGAUCUCACGUGAGAGCCUGCUGGUCCUUGGUGGGAUUAUUGAGACAUUUGACGUACCCUUUGAGGGAUCUCUGCAACAGCUGACCUUUGCCCUCGGGGACCCCGAUGCGGCCCGCCAUCAGUGUAGAUUGGGCAGUGCCCGCUGCGGAGGAGCCGCCAGGAGCAGCCGAUCCCAGACGGAUGAGGGUCUCCUGCCCUUGUCCAAUGACCUUGAAGACCUGCUGCGCCUCCCGGUGGUCACCUCUGCGUCUGCCCAGACCACGGAUUCUGCAGCUGAGUCCGUGAAGCCGCACAUCUGGCCGUCACCAGACUCGCAGACCCCAGAGGGACAUGAGGACAUCUUCACUGAACAAGACACUCCAGUGCCAAGAGGCCGCGGGGACGUAUUUGUCCUGGAAGAAGACCAGACUGAACACACCCGCCCUUCCUCUGCGGGCACCGGACUGUCCACCUCCACAAAAUCGGACCCUGCGUCCAAACUCCUCGACGAGAACGUCACCACUGACAAGCUGAAAGGUGACACGCGCUCCUCACCCAGCAAACCGUCUGGCAGUGUCCUCGAUGCGGACAAGCAGCUGUCCAGCACUGGCUUCACGGGCAGCAAGACGGCGACGGAGGACUUGGGCCACAAACUGCCCCCCCAGGUGCCUGACACCUCGCUGCUACUGGAGGAAGAGCUCCUGGUGGCACCUCUGCUGCCCAGCACCCCAAGGCCGACUGCCAGGGAGGCAGAGCCCAAGAAGGGCAACUUCAGCCGCGGUGGCCAGCAACCUGAAAAGGGCAGAGUGGCUCCCACCGGGGUGCCCAAGAGCAUCCCCUACCAGCAAGGCAGGAAGGACAUGAUGGUUGAAGGGGCCGAUGGCAAGAUGUACCACCUCAGGCCAGGGCCGCCAGGGCCAAUGGGAUCAGCAGGAAAACCAGGCUGCCGAGGCAGGAGAGGCCAUCCAGGGUUCAAAGGCAAUAAGGGAGACCAAGGGAUGAUGGGGCGACCAGGGGCCCCUGGAGAUCCUGGCCCCCCUGGUCCAGCAGGACUCCCGAGUUUCUACCUGUGGAGGAACACCGCAGAAGAAUGGCUGGCCUUCCAACGCACCUCUUUCUUCCAGCUGUUACACGCAGGCUGGCCGAGGACGCAGGGGCCAGCUGGCCCACCGGGUACCAUGGGAAGACCUGGAUUGCCAGGCAUCCAAGGUGAUCCUGGAGAAAGAGGAGCCGCUGGUCACCCAGGACCCCCGGGACGUCUGGGCCCCAAGGGGAUGUCAGGACGCCCAGGUUUUCCGGGUGCUCAUGGAGAUCAUGGAGUGGAUGGACAGUCAGGACCACCAGGGAAGCCCGGGCUGCAGGGCCUUCAGGGAUACAAAGGGGACAGAGGAGCCAGCGGGGAGCGAGGAGAUCAGGGCUUCACUGGGAAUGCUGGUGAUCCUGGGGACAAAGGGGAGAAAGGCCCCAAGGGGACAAAGGGAGAAGCUGGCACGCCUGGCCUGCCUGGUGUACCGGGGCCGCCAGGAGCCAGAGGCAUGCUGGGAGUCACGGGGCCCAAGGGCCCACCGGGUGCCACUGGCUGGAUAGGACCACCUGGACCACCUGGCCCCCUGGGUAUUACUGGCAUUCCAGGACCACCUGGCUUCCAGGGGGCUAAUGGCUCUCAUGGUGAUACUGGACCAGCAGGCCCCACUGGCCCAAGAGGCCCUCAGGGGCCCACUGGUUUGCAAGGAGUGAGGGGGUUGACGGGACCACCAGGACCACCGGGCAUCCCUGGCAAGGACGGUAGUGCUGGACCCAAAGGAGACCUGGGUGAGAUGGGCCCAGUGGGUGCCAGGGGGGACCCCGGAUUUGAAGGCACGAUGGGGCCGGCUGGGAUCGCAGGACCGAAGGGGGUCCCUGGAAAUCGGGGGGCUCAAGGGCGCGACGGAGACAAGGGGGACCCCGGAGACAAAGGAGACCCUGGUCCUCCGGGUCUACAGGGCCGAGCAGGUGUGCCUGGGGUCAGAGGUCAGAUUGGUUUUCUGGGAUUUCCUGGUUUGAGGGGACCCCCAGGUGUGUCAGGAUCCCAGGGUGAAGAGGGUCCAGCAGGAGUCCAGGGACAGGCGGGCAGCGAGGGGCCAAAGGGUGACCGGGGUACCUCAGGGAGUAGCGGCAAACCCGGAGUGCGAGGAGAACGGGGUCGCACAGGACAGAGAGGCCUUGUCGGACCACCGGGAGUGCCGGGUCUGUCUGGUUUGCCAGGGGCACAGGGUCCAGAAGGAAAGCCUGGUACACAGGGUGGCAUGGGAAUGCCAGGAAGCCAGGGGGCUAAAGGUCCACAGGGAAACCAGGGAUCCAGAGGAGAGCCAGGCGAGGCAGGACCCCCAGGGGCUCCGGGUGUUUCAGGAAAACCUGGACAGGAUGGCGAAAUUGGACCACCUGGAGAGCGGGGCUUUAGUGGGAAGCCAGGACCAGAAGGACCACAGGGGCCAGUUGGCAUCUAUGGUUAUGCUGGUUCAGUUGGCGAGCGUGGCAGGCUAGGUCACAUGGGGGAGAGGGGUGAAGCAGGUGUGAGAGGAGUUCUUGGUCUUCAGGGCAAAGCGGGCACCAAAGGACCACCUGGACCUCCAGGGGAAAGAGGACCUGAAGGACCACAGGGUCGGCGAGGAGAAUCUGGUCCGAAGGGAGAGCAGGGCUUGACGGGCUUGCCAGGUCUGCCAGGCACUGAGGGAAGAGUGGGUGAGGUGGGCCCCUCAGGAGACAAAGGACCACUGGGGCCUGUCGGGGAGUCAGGGACGAGCGGAUAUCCGGGUCCAGAUGGCUUACGAGGUGCUGAGGGUCCUGCUGGAGACAAAGGCCAACAGGGACUUGUGGGGUCAGAAGGACAAGAGGGAGCUGUCGGUCUGGAUGGACCACAGGGGCCACCAGGACCCUCAGGAACAGAGGGGCGUCCAGGUGCCAAAGGAAUGCAGGGGGACCCAGGACCACCUGGCCAUGAAGGACACCAAGGAGUUGCUGGGCAGCCUGGAGAGGAAGGACUUAAGGGCCUGAUGGGAGAACUGGGAGAGACGGGCAAAGAGGGGGAUGUUGGAGACCCCGGAGACACAGGAGACCCCGGACCUCAAGGAGACAAGGGUGACAUGGGUGCCAUUGGACCUCCUGGGCAGCCUGGACCACCUGGAAUUCUCGGAGAAAAGGGCCAGCGGGGCCAAAAAGGGGAGAAGGGGCUCACAGGUCAACUGGGACCUAAUGGGCUGCUGGGUGUCGCUGGCCGUAUGGGGACAGUGGGACACAAGGGCACAGAAGGUGCUGUGGGGCUUCCUGGGCCAGACGGUGUCCAAGGUGAGAAGGGAGACGCUGGACCCUUUGGUGCCCCCGGCCCAGCUGGACCUCCUGGACAGCAGGGUGUCCCUGGUGAACCGGGAGGGAGAGGUGACCCAGGAAAUCCUGGAGCCAAGGGUGCUGCUGGAAAUCUGGGACCCCAUGGUGAUCUGGGGCCACGUGGGCUUCCUGGCCCUGAGGGAGAGAAAGGUGAAGGUGGCCUGCAGGGGGAGCCAGGAACUCAGGGAGCAGAAGGUCUGCCUGGCAUCAGAGGGCCGCCUGGUCUGCCAGGAAUUGAGGGACAGCCAGGGGACAUUGGGAAGCCAGGGGAGCCAGGAAAGCCCGGAGGGCAGGGGCCACCUGGAGAGUGGGGUACUGAAGGACGAGUGGGGCUGAAGGGACAAAAGGGUGAAGACGGGGGCCGCGGUGAUCCGGGGGCGCCUGGCCGUCCUGGCCGGAAGGGCAGAAAGGGCAAAGCAGGUGUGAGGGGGUCCCGUGGAGACAGGGGUCUUAAGGGUCCCAAAGGGACAGAGGGCCCCUCAGGACCACCGGGCCAACAAGGACCAUACGGGGUGCCAGGACUGCGGGGUGACAAGGGAACUCCUGGAACCAAAGGAUUAAAGGGUGAAGAUGGGGACAAGGGACCCUCAGGCCCCUACGGAGAUGAAGGCUUUAAGGGACACCGUGGACCUUCUGGACCACCGGGACCCACCGGUGCCAAGGGUGAGCAGGGAGACAUCGGUCUGUCCGGACCACCUGGACAUCCAGGACUCCCUGGUCUGCCGGGUCUGUUUGGAGGACAGGGUCCCAAAGGCUUUCAGGGGCCACCGGGCAUCCAAGGGCACAAAGGACAGCAGGGCACUCCUGGCCUCCCUGGACCUCCAGGUCCCCCACUGAACAUCAGCGCCGCUCAGUUCAAGGAGUUGAUGUCAGCCUCUGACGGGCCCAACUACCCGCUGAUCCGACACGUCCUGGACACGCUGAACCGGGAGGUCCGGCUGCUGGUCGACCCCCCUGACGGUACCAAGGAGCACCCGGCCACGACAUGCCAGGAGCUGCAGCUGUGCCUCCCUGACCUCGCCAGCGGGUUCUUCUACAUUGACCCCAAUCAGGGGAGCCCGGCUGACGCACUGCUGGCGUACUGCAACUUCACCACCGGAGAGACCUGCCUGAGCCCCGUGAAGGAGCGGAUUCCGAUGCAGGCCUGGCUGAAGCGUGACUCGUCCAGCCGCUUAUUUAAGUGGCUCAGCUCCCUCGACGGUGGCCCUCAGUAUGACUAUGGCCUCAAUGUGGUGCAGCUCCGCUUCCUGAAGCUCAGCAGCAGACGUGCCAGCCAGACGGUGACCUACUCCUGCCGUCCAGACGCCGACGCCCUUCGUCACGCCGAGGAGGACAUCAAAUUCCUGGCCGACACUAAGAAGCAAAGCUUUGUGGGCGCUCUGCCACCCUGCCUGCCCCGGCAUGAUGGUGACCUGGUGGUCCAGGAGAUGACCUUUCAGUUCGCCACAGAUGACCUGUCCCUCUUGCCCCUGCGGGACCUGGCAGUUCUGCACCACGACGGUGUGGCGCUCGAGUUCGGCUUCACGAUCGGCUCGGUCUGCUUCAGCUAAGGGGGGGGGGAGCACCACCCGCCGGAGACCUCCGCCUCGCCAGGGGGCCAGGGUCAGCCGCAGCUUGAUACACCACUACGGAGGGACGACUGGACACUGGUCCUGAACUGACCACCCAAGCAGGACUGGGUGAUCGUGUCCAGUCUCCGCUUUCAUACUCUGGGGAUGGCCCAGUGAAAGGAGCUAUAUAAAAUAAAGUAUCCGCUAGCAAGCUCCUCUCACGGAGCCCAUUGUCACAAAGCACUUUACCUUCCGGGGUCGAGAGAAGAUGAACAUGACGCCAGUGACCGGGACCACACUGGUCACUAAGAACAGGACGACGGGCACAAACGAAACUUCAACGAAAGUCCCCGAGUGUCACUUUAAUAGGCACAGCAGCCUAUAUGAAACUGCAGAGGUGACCGUCACAUCGUCAUUCCUGCUGCUGCCACCACCUCUAUUGUCCACCAUCUGUGCUGCCCGUUGUGUUAUAUAAAGCAGCUCAUGCUGGUCA